CUUCAGCCAGGCACAUCCUCCUAUUGUAAGGGGAAUGACAAAUGUUGUGCUUCCAUGGAGACUAAUGGUUACAUCUGUUUGAUUUUUUUCUCGGGGGCAAGUGGGGGCCACAUACCAGUGGUGGGUGAGCCCCAAAGACCCAAAGACCAAAGCACACAAAUGACACAAUAACUUGGCCAUGCCAGAAGAGUUUGCAGUGUUUCUUCACUGAGCUAAGAAAGGGGCUGCCUGUUUUCAGGUAAUCAUUGCAGCCCUUGUGUUUCUUAUCGGUCUGAGAAGUGGGUCAAGCUUAACAACACCAUGAUUUUACCACCCCAUUGUAUUUUGCUUGGGUUGAGCAGGAAAUUUGAACUACUCAGGGAAGAAGAAAUUAAUUUUUAUUCCCCCCACCUCCUGGUUUUAAAGUGCAUGGGGCAUUUGUCUGUCUGGUUGUAAGUCACUUUGGGUUGCCCGGGGCAAGACAAAACAACUAAGAAACUUAAUAAAUGAAUAAAAUAUUCUGCAUUUGAAAAUGCCAACCUUAAAUAAAUACCUGUGCAAGUUUCCUCUGCUUUCAGCCUCAACUGGCUACAGAUGAGGAUGAUCGAGUUUUAGCAAGUCCUUGAUCCUGACGCCACUAAAAUCCAUGACCAGAGCAGUUGAUUAAACCAAUAAGUCGGCCAAACCUUUGACUUAAUGGGAGAAAUGACGUUUCCUUAAGGAGUAAACUUCUUCUGAUGGCCAUUUUGAUACAGUCCAUUUCAUCCAAAUUGUGAAUGAAGAAACAAGGCAUGUGAGUGACUUUCACUUGAUUUCAGAUAAGCCACCUGUCACGGCCUUAAUUGGCACAUGUCUUUUCGGCUACUUAGGAUGGUUUCAUGCUCCUUGCAAACUUUGAAAGUUGUUCUUGCAUUUCAGUUUCCUCUUUCCUAGCCCCACCCCCCUUGCAAUGUGCAUUCUAAUACCUCAAAGAACCUGAUAAAUAGGAGGCAGCUUCCUUCAGCCCAGUCAGAAAAACGUGGGACCGGCCGCUCCUGCCUGUGCAAAUCUUACAGAAGCAAAGCCCAGGAGAAACCAUGAGCAAAGGAGCUGGUGAUCCGCUGAAGGUUACUGGAAUCGAUUUUCUCCGAGAGCAGAAUACCCGCCUCCAUCACACCGGCGACUACAACAACAGCAGCCUGAUUGUGAGACGUGGGCAGCCUUUUGAGUUGAAGCUGACUUUAAGCAGGGAGCUGAACAACAAUGAUAAAGUCACACUGCAGCUCAGAAUUGGUGAAAAACCAAUGCAGUCCAAUGGGACUCUUCUAUCCAUGAAUGCAAGAUCAGGACAGACAGAUCAAUCCUGGAAUGCCAAGAUUUGUCAAACAAAUGGGAAGGAGUGCCGCAUAGUUGUAACCAGUCCAGCAGAUGCAAUUAUUGGAAAAUAUCUUCUUAAUGUGAUCACGGGACCUAGCGUUUAUACUCCUGAUAAAAAAUGUGUCUACGUUUUGUUCAAUCCCUGGUGCGAAGUGGAUUCUGUCUUCAUGCCUGGUGAUGCUGAAAGAGCAGAGUACGUGCUCAAUGACACUGGCUAUCUCUACGUUGGAUCAACAAAAAUGAUACGUGGAAGACCUUGGAAUUUUGGGCAGUUUGAGGAAGAUGUUUUGGACUGUUGCAUGUACCUUCUGGACAAAAGCCAGCUCAAACCAAAGGCCAAGAAAGAUCCCGUGAUCAUCUCCAGGGCCAUGUCAGCAUUGGUUAACUCCGAGGAUGAUCGUGGAGUGGUGUUUGCAAGCUGGUCAGGGAAAUAUACUGGUGGUACACCGCCUCUAGCCUGGACAGGAAGUGUCCCCAUUUUGCAGCAGUAUUACAGAACCAAAAAAAGUGUCUUGUAUGGUCAGUGCUGGGUUUUCUCUGGAGUGCUUACCACAGUUAUGCGCAGCCUGGGGAUUCCAGCCAGGAGCGUGACCAAUUUUGCUUCAGCUCACGACACAGAGGAAAAUCUUAAAGUUGACAUUUACUUGAAUGAAAACGGAGGAAAAAUGGAGAAUCUAACAACAGACUCAAUUUGGAACUUCCACGUAUGGAACGAUGUCUGGAUGAAAAGGCCGGACUUACCAAAGGGCUUUGAUGGCUGGCAGGCGAUUGAUGCCACCCCUCAGGAAAAGAGCCAAGGGAUUUACCAGUGUGGCCCUACUCCAGUAAAUGCAAUCAGAAAGGGAGAAGUCUACCUUCCCUAUGACUCCAAGUUUGUGUUUGCUGAAGUGAAUGCAGACAGAGUCUUUUGGCUCGUAAAGAAUGUGGAUGGCAAGGAAACAUACACCAAACUGCGUGAAGAAACCAAAGUAAUUGGGAAGAGCAUCAGCACCAAAGCUGUUGGGAAGGACACUCGUGAAGACAUCACAGGCCAAUACAAAUUUCCUGAAGAGAGUCCCGAGGAAAGGAAAGCUGUGGAGACAGCUUGUUCCUAUCUGCAGUCUAACAAUCUGGGGAUCUGUGAAGUGACACCUCCCCCUGAACCCCUCAAGGCGAACUUGAAACUUGGAAUGGAAGGAGAGAAAGAAUUGUGGCCGGGGCAGCCGAUUGAGUUGAAUCUUAUUAUAACGAACGAGUCUGCAGGUGCCUGGACAGUCAAUGUUGCAGCAUCGUGCCAGUUAGAAUCAUAUACUGGGAAAGUGGAGGCUAGCCUUGCCACCAUCAAACAGACUGUCCAAACAAAAGACAAGGCAGUUAAUUCCAUCCCUCUGAAAAUAGCAGCUGAUGCUUACCUGAAAGCAAUGAUGUCAGUAGAAGAUGAACUUCUGGUCAAAGUCAACAUUAUUGCCGAGGUUCAAGAAACGAACGAGAAGCUCACGGAAGAGCUGUCUUUAACCUUCAAGUACCCACCUCUGAAAGUGGAGGCAGCUGGACAAGAAAAAGAACCUAAGAUUGAGGAGGAAAAGACAUCUGCCAAGCAAGAGGAGCUGAAGGAAGCGAUGGCCGAGACAUUACAGAAGAGAGAAGAGAGACCGAGAUCUGCUAAGAAGAAACCUAAAUUGACCAAGUUGCCCAUGAUGCUUCGCAUUGGAUGCGGUGGCCUUGUGCUUGCGUGCAACGCAAUCAUGUGGACUUUCUUUGCCAAAGCCUUGAGGUACUCCUCCUCCUCGGCUACAGCAACUUUGACCUCAACAGCGUCUAACUUCAUCUCUUCCGCUUUUCUUGGCAAGUUGCUCUUUGGAGAGACUCAUGCCCUGUUGUGGUGGAUAGGAAUAUCCUUAACCCUUCUCGGGCUUUUGCUGCUCCACACGGCACCACCCUUGGCAGAAGAAAAGAAGGAAAAGAAGAGAUGA